AUGUCCGCGACUACAGAUGCACCCGCCCCUCCCCACACGAACGAUACCUCCGGUCAAUCGCCACCGGAAAGGCUAGCAGAUCUCGUAGCCAAAGCAACCGCCGAAUAUACCGUUAAACACUACUCCGAAGCUGCGGAAUUCUACUCGCAGGCAACUGAACUGCAGGCCGAGAUUAACGGAGAAAUGGCACUGGAAAACGCAGACCUGUUGUACUCGUACGGAAAGUGUCUAUUCUUCCUGGCGCAACAAACGAGUUCAGUACUCGGCGGGACCGCGGCAUCCGCUCAGCUGUCGACCAACAAAGAAAAGAAGGCGCCCAAGAAGCGGAAAACGAAUGGCGCCGAAUCCGGAGAGGCUUCCGCAGGCAUGGCUACAAUACCAGAGGAUGCGAUGCCAACCGUCGGUGAUGUCGUUCCGGAGGAAGAUGUGAAACCGCAAGAAAGAAGUUCAGGGAAGGCAUUUUUCCAAAUCACUGGUGAUGAUGAAAAUUGGGAUGGAUCGGACAAUGAUGAGGAAGAUCAAGAUGGAGAAGCGGAAGACGCGGAAGACGAGGAAGACGAUUUCGCAACAGCGUAUGAACUCUUGGAUCUGGCCCGAAUUUUAUAUUUGAAGAAGUUGGACCAGACUCAGGAAUCCGCAUUAGAAGAUUCCGACAAGGGAAAAUACGUCGCAUCGAUCGACCUUACACCCGAAGUCAGAAACCUCAAGACCCGCGUCGCCGAUAUUUACGACCUACAAGCAGAAGUUUCGUUGGAAGGAGAGAAGUAUUCGACCGCCGUGACGGACCUGAAAGCAUGUCUUGCUUUGAAGGAAGAGCUCGAGCCUCCAGAGUCCAGUAUUUUGGCCGAAUGCCACUACAAGUUGAGUCUGGCCCUCGAAUUUAGUGCCCAGACACAACAACGCGAUGCGGAUGGCAAUCCUUUUGGCGAACUUCAAGUUGACUGGGACAUUCGCAAUGAAGCAGUCAGCCAACAGGAGAAAGCAAUCGAUAGCUGCAAGUUGCGCGUUUCCAAGGAAACAGCGGCACUAGAUAAGAUGGAGGCCGGCCCUCAAAAAGAUAAGGCCAUGGCACAAAUUGAGGACGUCCAGGACAUGAUCAGCGAAAUGGAAGUGCGAUUGAAAGAACUCCGCGAACCGCCGGUCAGUGUGAAGGCCGAGACAGACAGUCAAAUGAUGAAGGAUCAGAUUUCAGGUAUAUUGGGCAGUAUCAUGGGCAGCAGUGCCACGGCGGAAGAAAGGAAGGAGAAACUCGCUCAGGUGUCAGAAACGGCCACUGAUUUGACUGGAUUGGUCAAAAGAAAGAAGCCAAAGAGCGCUCAAGUGAAUGGUGGUGGUGAGAGCGGGAUUGGCUCUGCUGCGUCGACACCCGCCCCUCUGCCGGUGGUUGCAGAAGGUUCGGGAUCUGGGAUGGCAAAGAGCAAUGACAAGCGGAAAGUGGAGUCAAUGGACGACCUCGAGGAGGUUGAGAGCCGCAAGAAGGCCAAAGUGGAAGAUACGGAGGAUUCGGGGCGUUAA